AUGCCCAAAUUCAUCGUUCUCGUCCAUGCGUCCAAAGAAUCCGAAGCCGGCGAGCUCCCCACGACACAAGAGCUCGCCGAGAUGAACGCCUUCAACAAACCGGCCGUCGAAGCCGGCAUCAUCCUCAACGCCGACGGCUUCCUCGCCUCGUCCACGGGCGCGCGCCUCACUUUCAACGACAAGGGGUCCGAACCGACAGUCACGCACGGGCCGUUUGCCCUCGACAACCUGAUCGCCGGGUACUGGCUCGUCCAGCUGGGGUCCCUGGACGAGGUGGUCGAGUGGGCCAAGAAGAUCCCCUUUAACAAGGGCGGCAAGGUGGAGAUCCGUCGCGUCGCGGGGCCCGAGGACUUUGGGGACGCCAUGACGCCGGAGAUCAAGGAGCAGGAGGACGAGAUGAGGAAGAUUGUCGAGGAGAGGAAGAAGUGA